AUUCAUGGGUCACUUGGGGAGCUACUUAGAGUUUGCACCAUGAGAUCACAAAAGUGGUCUGCUGGACAGUGUGUGUCCCCAAGCAGGAAGGUGUUGAGAAUGACAGUGUUUUCCCAGCAUGCAGUUGAUUUGUCUCUGGGUGUCGGUCUACAGCGCCCUGGGCUCUUCUUUGAGGAGGCCAAAGGCUUUCUGCUCCUUUGCAUCCCCAGGUCAGCUGGCAUCUGCGGGGUCCAUUUAGUCAACAGGUGCCCUGUGGGCUUAUGCAGAGCAUGAGCUGUCUUUGCCCUGGGAUUGCAUCAGCCAGCUGGAUGCCCGGAUAUCCUGACAAACCCAGUGGUGAAGGUCAGGGAUUCUGGAAAGGUACCCAGUUUCUCCUCCCUCUAAAAACUGUUCUCCGUGUUCACAUUUUACUGGCUUGCCCCAGACCUUUUAGCUUUAAGACUCUUCUGUUAACAUUUGGUUCAGUUUAGCAGGCGUGUUAUCAGACGCCUGCUGCGGGUCAGAGGAAUUCGGCUGAACCUGGCAGGGUCCUUGCCUCCUGACUUCAUUUUGGCGGGGAAGACAGACUGGCCUUGUGUUCGUGUGGUACGGAAAGUAGGGGGAAAAGAAAAAGAAAAGUGCUGAGGCAGCCAGAAGUAGGGUGUCUCCAAUUUUUUUGUCCAAAUGGAGGCACCUUUGAGAGUGAAAGGGAGGACUCAGAGGUAAACGGGGACUGUCCUGGGCAAAUGGGGGCUUAUGGCCACGUGGGCCUGGGAGGGUGAAGGUGUGUGGGCCGUCCCUGACAGCGUUGUCCGUCCUUUGUGCUACAGGAUGCACGCGGGGAUGCUCUAGGGGAGGGGCUUGGCUGCCAGAGAAACUGGCAUCUGUUUCCUGUUUUUCUCAGGGGCUGGAGAGGAAAGCUUUAUCUGUGGGAACUGUGGACCACGAACUCUGAUGGGAUUCGGUUUAAGGUCACGAGGUUUCAUCUUAUAUCGACCUCACUGUGAUCUCAGUUUUGGAGCCAGAGAUGGACAUUUGGAGAGAGGAGAACCACUUGGCUUGCAGAAUGUUAUUGGCUGCAGCCGAGAGGACACCGGACUAACAGUUGCUUAGAAAACAAGAUGUUUAUAGACCUAACUAACCAGAAGUCUAAAUGUUGUGGGUUCUAACAGUUGCUUAUUUCAGUGGGGCAGGGAUAAUUUUAAGCAUUCAUUCUAACCUUGCAGGCAGCCAUUUACAGCAUAUUGGCUCAGGCUUGUCCCCUCACGGUCACAGCAUUGCCGCCACACUCCACCUAUCACUUUCUCAUGUAACUGUAUUAGAAGGCAGGCAGGCAGGUGAGUUUCUCCAUGUGUCUUAAAAAAAUAUUUUUCUUUUCUUUUGAAGUAUCAGUUCAGUUCAGUUCAGUCACUCAGUCGUGUCCGACUCUUUGCGACCCCCUGAAUCACAGCACGCCAGGCCUCCCUGUCCAUCCCCAACUCGAGGAGUUUACUCAUACUCAUGCCCAUCGAGUCAGUGAUGCCAUCCAGCCAUCUCAUCCUCUGUCGUCCCCUUCUCCUCCUGCCCCCAAUCCCUCCCAGCAUCAGGGUCUUUUCCAAUGAGUCAACUCUUCGCAUGAGGUGGUCAAAGUACUGGAGUUUCAGCUUCAGUGUCAGUCCUUCCAAUGAACACCCUGGACAGAUCUUCUUUAGGAUGGACUGGUUGGAUCUCCUUGCAGUCCAAGGGACUCUCAAGAGUCUUCUCCAACACCACAGUUCAAAAGCAUCAAUUUUUCGGCACUCAGCUUUCUUCACAGUCCAACUCUCACAUCCAUACAUGACCACUGGAAAAACCACAGCCUUGACCAGACGGACCUUUGUUGUAUAGUGAUGUAAAAUAUUGCAUGUUAUAGGUAUAUAAUAUGUGUGCUUCCCGGGUGGCUCAGUAAAGAAUCCACCUGCAACGCAGGAGACCUGGUUCGAUCCCUGGAUUGGGAACAUCCCCUGGAGGAGGAAAUGGCAACCGACUCCAGUAUUCUUGCCUGGAGAAUCCCAGAACAGAGGAGCCUGGUGGGCUAUAGUCCAUGGGGUUGCAAAAAGUCGUAUAGUUGAUGUAUAAUGUCUGUUACAGGUGUAUAAUAUAGUGAUGCACAAUUUUUAAAGAUUAUAUUCCAUUUAUAGUUACUAAAAAUAUUGGCUCUGUUCCCCACGUUGUACAAUAUAUCCUUUUAGUUUGUUUUAUACAUGCUAAUUUGUACCCAAGCCCCUAUACUUACUUUGCCCUUCCCCACUUCCUUCUCUCCACUGGUAACCACUCGUUUGUUCUCAAUAUCUGCGAGUCUGCUUUUUUGUUACAUUCACUAGUUUGCAGUAUUUUUUAGAUUCCCCAUAUAAAUGAUAUCAGAUAGUAUUUGUCUUUCUCUAACUUAUUUUACCUAACGUAAUGCCUUCCAAGUCUAUCCAUGUUGCUUAAGUGGCAACAUUUCAUUCUCUUUUAUGUCUAGCUAGGGUUCCAUUGUGUGUGUGUGUGUGUGUGUGUGUGUGUGUGUGUGUGAGUGUGAGUGAGUGUGUUUCACAUCUGAUGCAUUCAUCUGUUGAUGGACACUUAGGUUGUUUUCAUAUCUUAGCAAUUGUAAAUAAUGCUGCUAUGAAAAUUAGGGCACACGUAUCUUUUCAAAUUGGUGUGUUUUUGUUCUCUUCAGGAGUAGAAUUGUUGGGUCAUAUGGUAGGUCUGGUUUUUUCUUUUUUUUUUUUUGGCCCCACCCCGUAUUUUUUUGUUUUUUUGAGAAACUUCCAUGCUGUCUUGCACAGUGGCUCUACCAUCCUUAUGCCUUCAUUUAUCAGGUGUGAAAACCUUUCCCAGAAUCCCCCUGCUAGUAUUUCCCAUCAAGUUACAUUGAAGAGACGUGAAGAGGGGGAUGAUGGUUGGGUUGACUGCAAACUCAUUCAUACCAGAGAGAAUCCAACCACGGGGGCAGCACACCUUAAGAGCCCACGUUGAGCCAAAGACCUCUGCAUCUUUCACCUUAUCUUGUUUCCAUUCCCCACGAGACCCAGAUAGAUGGCAGGUGAGGGUGGUGGUGAGGAGAGGGUGGUAGCCUGGUUCUAGGAUUCCACAGGCUGAACGCAGCGUGGUAAGGACAAGGGUGGUGUGGGCUGGGCUGCUUGUGGACAAUCCUGGGGGCCUGGUUUUAAUCCUCUGGCAGCCCGACCCCUGCUUUAUCCCCAUAGGGUCUUAAUGAUUUUAGUUACCUCAUUAGAGCCAAGUUUACUUAAUGCAUCUGGAAUAGAUUUUAAAACCAGAAAAGCAGAUGAGUGUCUUUCAGAGUUCGCAGUUCCCCAGCUGCCUGCUCAUGAUCUCUGUAGAUCUGGAAGCCCAACCUCUCUGGCUCCAGCAUUCAGACAGCGGGGACGAAGCCUUCCAAUCCUAGUGGCUGAGGACACCCUGAGGACCCGGACCGCUGUGGAUGGGCGGUCGUCAGAGGCACCAGGGUUAUUACCCCGGCACUCUUGUGAAGAGUGGGAGUGGACAGGGCUAAUGUACUUCUUCUAAUGCGGGAAUUGAAGCGGGCAAAACAAGGUCACAUACCACACGAGUCAGUGAGAAAACAAAUUAAGGGCUGGUUCUCCAUUCAGUAAACCUCCCUUCUCUGCCUUAAAGUAUAGCAUUCACUGUUGGGGAACAUAGGCUGAUUUUCAGUCGACUUAUCUAGGAAGCCACGUAUUCAUUUUAAAUGUGCAUUAAAGAAAGAAUAUAUCACUAGUAUAUGAAACGUGAUUUCAUUAUUGCUUAGCAGGAAACUUAGUUUAAUAAAAGUCAACAAAGUCAACAAUGAUGUUAUACCUGGUACCCAGCUAGGAUAGAAAACUCCAAGGUGGUGAAUUUGGGGGAAAUGCUGCCAAAAUCAAGUUUGGGUUGGGUUUCUGUCACUUGGCACUGGGUGAGUUCUGAAUAAUACAUGACUGAUUUUAGCCCAAGGCUACCUCUUUUCAUGUAACAAAUGCUGGUUUCUAAGUAUUGAUUUACACAAAACUUAUAUACAUAUGAUUGUAGUUUGGAUUCAUGAAAGGAAAGUGAAAAUCACUCAAUUGUGUCCAAGUCUUUGCGACCCCAUGGACUAUAGAGUCCAUGGAAUUCUCCAGGCCAGAAUACUGGAGUGGGUAUUCUCAGUGGGUUUUCUUCUCCUACAUUGUGGGACAGAUUCUUUACGAGCUGAGUCACAAGGGAAGCCCAAGAAUACUGGAGUGGGUAGCCUAUCCCUUCUCCAGCGGAUUUUCCCGACCCAGGAGUCGAACUGGAGUCUCCUGCAUUGCAGGCGGAUUCUUUACCAAUUGAGCUAUCAGGGAAGCUAUCAUGAAAGGAGGUUAUUACCUAAAGAAAACCUGAGUAAAUAUUUUUGUAAAGCAAAGAAUCCUCUUUUAUAUGGAUAAUACAUGUUUUCUUUCAAAAGCAAAUUUAGCCUUUUAAACAAUAAUUUCUGUUAUACAGGAUUUUGAUAACCAGAAACUUCUUCUUUAAAAAAAAUAAGUUAUUUUUGUUUAUUUUUGGCUGUGCUGGGUCCUCACUGCUGUGUGAGCUCUUCUCUAGUUGUGGCGAGCAGAGGCUACUCUCUGGAGUGCGUAAGCUUCUCGUUGCGGUGGCUUCUCCUGGUGCGGAGCAUGGGCUCUCGGGCGCUCCGGUUUCAGUAGUUGGAGCUUGUGGCCUCAGUACUUGUGGUUCCUGGGCCCUUGAGUGCAGACUCAGUAUUUGUGCACAGGCUUACUUGCUUCUCGGCAUGUGGGAUCUUCCCAGACCGGGGAUCAAACCUGUGUCUCCUGCAUUCACAGGCUGAUUCUUUGCUGCUGAGCCAUCAGGGAAGCCCCCAGAAACUUACUGCUUCUACUGCUAAGUCGCUUCAGUCGUGUCUGACUCUGUGCAACCCCACAGACGGCAGCCCACCAGGCUCCGCCGUCCCUGGGGUUCUCUAGGCAAGAACACUGGAGUGGGUUGCCAUUUCCUCCUCCAGUGCAUGAAAGUGAAACCAGAAACUUAAUCAGUACCCAAAUAACUUUAGCACAAUGACAGUUAAUGUAUUUGUCAGAAAAAUCAUCUUAGCAUCAAAUGUGCUGCAAUAAAGAAUGUUCUGUUUGACAUCCUUUCUCCAACCCAGUGAUGAAUACUCUUGUCUAAGUUAACUGAGGGCUCCAUUUUAGAGCUAAUUCAUCCUGGUGACCCUGACAAAGUUUAACUCUCUCUAUUUGAGUAAAUUCUGAUCAUCUAGAAGAGUUAUGUUGAAACUGAGGCAAUCACUUGUACCACUGGACUCAACAUUUUCAGGCUGAAUUAUUCUCUUCCCUCUUGUGUUGUUGACCAUAUUUUCUGACCCAGAAAUCAGGACGUGCAUUUGCAUAUUUGAAAUUAGGACUUCUCCCACCAGUGGUCUUGUAUGUAGAUUGGGACUCUGGGGUCUCAUUCUCAAAUUUGUUGAUGUGCUUAUGCAGAUUCAAAAUUCCUUUUUUUUUAGAUAAAAAUAUUUGUCCUAUCUUCAGAGCCUUCUGAGACCUACUUUUUCUCUAUUUUACCCUCAACUAUCUUAGCUCCUUGCAGUUCUGCUCCCAGUACAAUGUGUGUGUGGGUUUUCUACACCACGAGGCAUUCUCUGACACCAGCUGUGUGUCCUACAAUAUAACUCAGUUCUGACUCUACCUACCUGGGGACAGCAUCAGAUCCCACAGGUUAAGGGCUCAGUCUCCCACCCCAAGCUUCAGAUGCUAUGCUUCUGACUGGCUUUCAGUGAUCCCUCUCCCUGGGUCCUGCUAAUUUGUUAGCAGCUCACGGACUCAGAGAAACAUUUUACUUGCUGAGUUUCAGAAACAGUCAGGUGGAAGAGGUGUGAAGGGCAAAGUAUGGGGAGAGGGCUCAGAGUUCCCAUGCCUUGCUGGAGUGCACCCGUCUCUGCAAAUCUCCAGAUGUCCACCGACCUGGAAGCGCUCUGAACCCCAUCUUCUUGGGGGAUAUUAGGAAGGCUUCAUUACUUAGAAAUGCUUGAUUAUAUCAUUGGCCAUUGGCAGUUGAUUUAACCUCCGGUCUCUCUCCCUGGAGGUCAGGGAUGGGACGAAAAUUUCCUACCCUCCAGUCACAUGGUUGGUUCCCCUAGCAACCAGCUCCCAUCCUUAAGUUUCCAAAAGUCACUUCAUUAACAUAAGCCUAGUUGUGGUGGAAGGGAUUUGUUUUGAAUAUCAAGACACCUUUAUAACUCUUAUAAAUUCCAAGUGUUUUAGGAGCUCUGUGUCAGGACUGGUUGAAGACCAAAAAUAUAUUUUUUAUUAUAGAGCACAUAUCACAUAUGUUUUUUAAUAUAACAACAUUAAAUCUGGGGUCUGCAUUCCUACCCUAUCCCCCGAAAUCCUAACAAACGAAAGAAAAUUUUGCUGUGUUAUCUGUAAGGGUAGAUAGCUUUGUGGCCUGAGCAAAUGAUGGAAAUUAAGAAGCCUAGUCUGGUUACUAUUGCUGUGUAACAAACAAUCCUAAAACCUAGUGCCUUAAACAGCGUUAAUCUUUUAUUUUGCUUAGGAGCCUGCCACUUGGGCAGGGCUCAGUAGGUACGACUCACGUCUACUCCAUGUGGUAUUGGCUGGGAUCUCUCUACCAAGGCCGGAAGAUCCACUUCCUAGACGGCUUGUUUCUGAGGCUGGCGAGUUGUGUUGGCUUCGCCUCCAUGGGGCUUCUCCACAGGGCCUCAUGGGCUUCCUCAAAGCAUGGCGGCUAGGUUCCAAAGGGAACAUCCCAAGAAACAGGAAGGAGAAGCUGCGAUUUCCCAAAGGCUUGGUCUGGAAACCUGGUGUCUCUUUCAUGUUUCGUGUAUCAUCCUUGCAACAGCCACCAAGGCCAGAUUCAAUAGGAAGGGACAUAAACCUUACUUCUUGGUUGGGGGAGGUGGUGUCAGAGACUUGGGGUCCAUGUUUUAAACCACAGGAGGAGAGGAAUGUCCUGCCUUCUCACAGGCCUUCACCGAGGUUUAGAGUUCAUCCUCUUGCAGUAUUUGAUGUGCAGGUGAAAAAAGAAGUGUCUAUAAAACUUUGAAUCGUUUAGACACAGUUAUAGUUAAUAAAUGUCCCUUUUAUAUUCUAGCCCUUUAAAAAGUGGCUUCCCCUUGUCACAGGUAUGUGGGCGUCUUCAUUUAAUCAGUCACUCCCAGAACUGGCUGAGGUACAGGCAUGUAGGCACUUGGCCUUGCGGGGCGGGAGGCGUCCCCAGGCAGGGCUUGCCAUGGUUAUUGGCCUUCCCGGAGCAGCUCUACUGUGGCAAGAGCCGGCACUGGGCCACAGCGAUGAACGGGAAGACACCCCGGCCCGUGCCCAUUUCCGGGGGAGCCCAGGCCGUAUGGCGGAUGGACAGCAGUGGCCUCGGAUCCCUUGUUCUCUGGUGUCCUGCUGCUGCCCAGGCCCCUGAGCGGGAGGGAUGGAGAACUCUUCAGCAGCGUCCGCCUCCUCCGAGGCUGGGAGCAGCCGCUCCCAGGAGAUCGAGGAGCUUGAGCGCUUCAUUGACAGCUACGUGCUGGAGUACCAGGUGCAGGGACUGCUGGCCGACAAGACGGAGGGUGAUGGCGAGAGCGAGAAGACACAGUCCCACGUCUCCCAGUGGACAGCAGACUGCAGUGAGCACCUGGACAGCAGCUGUUCCUUCUCCCGAGGACGAACGCCCCCGCAGCAGAAUGGCAGCAAAGACACCUCUCUGGACAUGCUGGGCACAGAUAUCUGGGCUGCCAACACCUUCGAUUCCUUCAGUGGUGCCACCUGGGACCUGCAGCCUGAAAAGCUGGACUUCACCCAGUUCCACCGGAAGCUCCGACACACGCCCAAGCAGUCCCUGCCACACAUCGACCGAGAAGGGUGUGGAAAAGGGAAGCUGGAAGAUGGGGAUGGAAUCAACCUGAAUGACAUCGAGAAGGUCCUUCCAGCCUGGCAGGGCUACCACCCGAUGCCCCACGAGGUGGAGAUCGCGCACACGAAGAAGCUGUUCCGGAGGAGGAGAAAUGACCGAAGGCGGCAGCAGAGACCCCCAGGAGGGAACAAGCCCCAACAGCACGGUGACCACCCGCCGGGCAGUGCCAAACACAACAGGGACCACCAGAAAUCCUACCAGGGGGGCUCGGCGCCCCACCCCUCAGGGAGGUCCAGCCACCACGGCUAUAGCCAGAACCGGCGCUGGCACCACGGCAACAUGGAGCAUCCUUCCGGCGACAAGGGGAAGGCAGGCGCCCACCGCAACGCCAAAGAGACCGUGCCCACGGAGAGCCCCAGACUCGAGGACGCCCUGGGGGACGCUGGGCACGGCAGCCUCGAGUCCCCCCGCAGCCCUGAUGCCCUGGCCCCGGCGGCUUCCGAGAGGCUCACCCUGCUGCAGCCGGGGUGUCCAGAGGCCGAGACAAAGCUUAAAGACAGUAUUAUUCCCGAGCGCGGCGGGGAGCGCCCCAAAAUUACCCUGCUCCAGUCUUCCAAAGACAGGCUGCGGCGAAGGCUGAAAGAAAAGGUACCGGAUGAAGUGGCUGUGGAGACCACCAGCCCUCAGCAGAACAAGAUGGACAAGUUGAUCGAGAUUCUGAACAGCAUGCGGAACAACAGCAGCGACGUGGACGCCAAGCUCACCACCUUCAUGGAAGAGGCCCAGAACUCCACCAACUCGGAGGAGAUGCUGGGGGAGAUCGUGCGGACCAUCUACCAGAAGGCUGUGUCCGACCGCAGCUUCGCCUUCACAGCCGCCAAGCUCUGCGACAAGAUGGCACUCUUCAUGGUGGAGGGGACCAAGUUCCGCAGCCUGCUGCUCAACAUGCUUCAGAAGGACUUCACGGUGCGGGAGGAGCUGCAGCAGCAGGACGUGGAGCGCUGGCUGGGCUUCAUCACCUUCCUGUGCGAGGUCUUCGGCACCAUGCGCAGCAGCACGGGCGAGCCCUUCCGCGUGCUGGUCUGCCCCAUCUACACCUGCCUCAGGGAGCUCUUGCAAUCUCAGGAUGUGAAGGAAGAUGCCGUCCUGUGCUGCUCAAUGGAGUUGCAGAGCACAGGCCGACUGCUGGAGGAGCAGUUGCCCGAGAUGAUGGCUGAGCUCCUGGCCAGCGCCCGCGACAAGAUGCUGUGCCCCUCGGAGUCCAUGCUGACCCGGUCCCUGCUGCUGGAGGUCAUCGAGCUACACGCCAACAGCUGGAACCCCCUGACGCCCCCCAUCACGCAGUACUACAACAGAACCAUCCAGAAACUGACCGCCUGACAGCUCAGGGGCCUGGCGGGCAGCCCGCAGGGCAGCUGGGGCCCUGGUGCUCAGAGCCAGAUGGACAGGCGGGAAGACAGGGGUGGCCCUGGCGGGAGAGAGGCGUGGGGAGGAAGGCAGGCAGAGCCGGCGGCCAGUCUGGAGCCAGACGGGGAAGGGACCGAAGCCCUGGGAGGAGCGGCCCCCCAUCCAAUGAGCCCCCCAGCCCGAGCAUGCGGCAGCUCGCACUAGUAAGGGCAGCAUGUGUCUUCUCCACGGUGGCCCGGCCCUCCUCCUCCUCGCCCCCUCCCAUGCAAGGCGUCCCCCCAACUCCCCCCCGCCGGGCUGUGCUGCGUGCAGGGGUUCAUCCCCUCAGAGGCCGUGGCAGCCCGCAUGCUGGGGUACAGCUUGGGUCAGAAAGGACCUCAGAAGGCUGGAAAAAGUGGGUCGGAGACGGGCUUGCAUUGUUCCCGCGCGCUGUCAGCCACAGUCGCCAACUGGCAGCAGGCGACAUGUAGCAGAUGUCCGGGAGGACAAAGGCAGGCACAGUCCCCACCAGCCGCCCCUAAUUGACGGCCUUUGUCCGCGCGGCCGGCGGGCUGGGGGACAGGGGCGAUCUCCUCUAACCUUCACGUUCCGCCCUCCCACCUUCCAGCCUCCUCCCUCAGCGCCCCCACCACCCCAUCCACCCCUCCCCCCCGCCCCGCGACCCUGAGCUGCAGGCCCACAGGGGGCCGGGGGGCCUCGAGGGGAGACGGAGUUUGCCGUUCUGCUUGCACUCUUUUGUUUUAUUGUGUUUUACUGUUUUCAAAAGUCAGCUGCUUUGAAGUCUCCUCUCUCAGUGCCGAGGGCCCCGCAAUGUGAUCACACAGACAGCCCCGCGAGAACCCCCUGAUUAGUGGGAGAUCAAACCCGGCCCCCCUCUGGAAGGAUCCUAGCCACAGACAGCUUGCCAGUAGCCAAUUAGGGUAAUUGGAAACUUCUGCCCCUGCAGGGGUCCCCGCUGGAACCCUGUGCUUCUCGGCCCCUGGCUUCUCCCCUGGCUUCUCUGUUCUCCGUUUCUAGCUUCCUCCCUCAAAGGGCCGAUCCUGUCGCCACUGGGAGAGCAUUAAACCCGUCCUGGCCUGGGGCCUGGGAGUGAACCGGGCUCGGAAAGAGGCUAGCGAAUUAAAAACCGGAAAGCUCAGUGAUGCUUCCCCAUGCCACACACAGAGGUGUUUUCUCAAGCUCUCCCUGGAUGGGGAGAUACAGGGGAGACGGGGACACCUCGUUCCCUAGGACUAACUCAAUGAGCUGAGUCCUCAGCUGUGGUCUGUGCCCCGGGGUGGGGAGAUCUCUGGGCACUAGUGCCCCAAGGCUGUUGGGAGGGGUGUGUUUGCUGAGUCAUGAGCAGGACUAUCAGGGGAUCCCAGCAAGCCACCCGCUUUCCAGGCUGGCAUCAAGGCUGGGGAUGCUUGGAGGGGCCAAAUCCUGGGGGCAGCCCCUUCUCUGACGGCUGGGGAGGAGGAUGAGGGGUGGGCCUUGGGAGGCUGGCUUCGGGUCAUCUCUGGUGUGUCUACACAGCCCCACUCCUGGUCUGGAGCCCCUAUUUCCAUGAGGCCCUAGAAGGCGGCUUGAGCCCAGCAGGGUCCUCAGUUGUUCUUCUGUUGAGGCCUGGGUCACCUUGAACCCCCGCCCCUGGCUGACUGGUCUGAUCAGGCUGGAGGAAAUGUCCCUUUGUUGAGUCUGGCAGAGCAGGCGGGUGGGGGUGGGGAGCGGCUUCCUCUGUACCCCCUGGCGUAUCCAUCCCAUCAGUCGCCACCUGCCUGCCAAUCCCCCAGGAAGAGCCUGUUGGGGAACAAGGGGAGGGGCACAGUUUACCUGGAAGGGGUCAGUGGCCUCUGCCAAGGAGCCCACACUGCCCCACUUCUGCCUUCUCCGCCCCCUUCCCCUUCCUCCCAAGCUCCUCCAUCUUCUCUUCACUGCCUUUCCUGCACCUUUUGGCUCAGCCUGGGCCCAGGGACACCAGAGGCCCCACGGGAGCCCUUGAGGGAAGAGCUGGGCUGACAUCAGGAUGCUCAGAGAGGCAUCAAGGAAAUCAUGGCCCCACAGGGUCAAGCAGCCCCCAGCCCAGCAAGCAGCCGCUCCCUGGCCGCCCUCCGAGAUUCGCACCUGGGCUGAAGGAAGGCCCUGCUUCCCUCAAGUGGGGUGGGGGGGUGUGUGUGUGUGUGAGUGUGCAUGUGAAUGUGUGUGUGUGUAUGUCUACAUGAGUGCAUCUACUGAGAAGGAAGCAGGACCCUGGAAGAAGGCUGAAGCCUACAAGUGAGGCUGAAAGUGGAGGAGGCAGAAGAGGGGGUCUCCCACCCCAGCCUUGGGCUCAGAGAGCAGGCUUCCUGAAGGGGCCCCAGACACCGUGCACUCGGGGGUGACAUUCCCUGGAUGGCCGGGCAAGGUAACAGCUCGGGCACCACCCUCCUAUGGCCCCUUCCUCCCGACAGCCUGCCUUGGCGGUCUUGCCUCAGGGCCAGCCCCUCCUUGACUGUCAGGACCAGAGUGGGGAGGAGUGAGAUAUAAAUAUGUACACAUAUAUAAAUAUAUUUUUAAUUACGUGUCGUGUUGCCGUGGCCUCCAGACAUAUAUGAUUCGCUUAGUUGAUUCCAUUGCUUGAGAGCGCUUCCUGGCUGAUCCACAUAACCGUCGAAGCUGUUUUUCUAAAUGCAGGUUGCUGCUACUUUUUCAGACGUGGAAGGAAAACGUUCCAAAAAAAAAUUUUUUUUUUUUUUUUU